GUGCCCACAGGAGGGUUUCCUUGUGGCGGGGAGAGAUGGCGGCGCCCGGAGUCCCGGUUAUCGUCACCGUCACUUACAGUAAUGAAAAACACAAUAUUCAGGUUGCUUCUAAACAAGAAGAUGGUGAACCUACACUACAAGACAUGGCUGUACUUAUUGAACAAGUCACUGGAGUUCCAGUUCCUUUUCAGAAACUGAUAUACAAAGGGAAGUCUCUGAAAGAAUUGGAACAACCGUUGUCAGCACUUGGUGUUAAAAAUGGUUGCAAAGUCAUGUUGAUUGGGAAAAGGAAUAGUCCAGAAGAAGAAGCUGAAUUAAAGAAGUUAAAAGAUUUGGAGAAGUCAGUGGAGCAAAUAGCUAAUAAGUUAGAGGAAGUGAAUAAAGAAUUCACAGGUAUCCAGAAGGGAUUUUUAGCAAAGGAUCUCCAAACAGAAGCCCUGAAGCAGCUGGACAAGAGGAUAAAAGGGACUGCAGAGCAGUUCAUGAAGAUCCUGGAACAGAUCGAUGCCAUUAAUCUGCCAGAGAAUUUUAGUGAUUGCAAGCUGAAAAAGAAGGGGUUGGUGAAAAGGGUUCAGGUGAGUUUUUGGGGGUUUUUUUGUGCUGAUUGUUUUUGGUUAAUGCUGGGCACUUGGAUACCAAGAGUUUGUGAAAAGGAGAGCUGUUUAGAGCUUAGAUUUUUUUCAGUAUUUGUUCACACAUUGGUAUUUCUUAUGACCUCCAUUUUAGAGGUAUUUAAUAGCUUUAUAAAAUGGCAUACAAACCUACAGAUUUUCGUAGUCCAUGCUGUUUACAGAUAAUGUUUUUAAUUUACAUUAGUGUUUGACCUUAUGGCCACCUGGUGAUAUAAAGUAAUUCUGUGAACUUGUGAGGAAGACAGGAUCGUUCCUCCUUUCCUGUGUCUUGUUGGGCUGAAGUAAUGAAUUGAGGUCUGGAUGCAAAGAUGCAGUCAACUAUAACUCCUGAUGGGCCUUGCUAGAGGUGUUCUUUGUAAAAUCUAGCUUCUGUUGCAAUGUACCAACUUCCUAUGGAGAGUAAGUCCUUAAAGUAAAACCUGUACAGAAGAGCAUCUGUGCUGUGGGUGGGUUUUUGAAUUGCUUUGAUACUAUGUGAUGCUGAUCAUCAUACAGUAAAUUCCUAGGCAUUGGUUCCUUAGAGACUUUGAACUAAAGAUUUGUUAAUAAAUGCUGGAAUUUAUCCUUCCCACUCUCCCUCCCCGCUGAGGUCAAACUUAGAUAAAUGGAUGGUAAUCCUACUCAUAUUACUGGUUUUAUUUGUAUUCUACUGGCUUCAGUCACAGGUUAAACUCCUGAAAGUUGUUUGUGAAAGUACCUAGUGUUCAUAUAUAGAGUUGAAAGGUUUUGUCUUACUGUAACCUCCUUAAAUACUUUCUAUUAAUGUUUCCCACAUUUUUUUUUUAAAUAGCCAUCUAUUUUAGAGGAAGCCCUACCAAGAAGUACUUCAUACUAGAAAUGGAGUUUUUUAUAGCUUUAGGGACUAAGUACUUUGUACUCUGUUACAUGGUUACAUCUGAGGUAAGUUCAGAUAAUGCAAAUUGAAGAUGGUUGCUGGUAUAGCUGUGUUACAUGGGGCUCUAAACACAUGCUUUUGAUUCCAUGUGACUAACCAAAGCAGCAAACUUUUGUAACAGAGGUAUGGCUAUGAACCUCAUGGCAAGCUCCACUCUUGGGUGAAGUUAUUGCAGAAAUAAAUGGGGCUUUGUAUAAGAGGUGCUGUUAAAACAUAAAACAGACUCUGUUGAGCAGAGAUCAGAAUUACUAAUGACUAUUAAAGGUGCAGUGUUCUGCAGCUGUAGGCUAGGAACCCUUUGAGGAGUGCAGAAUAAUCUUAAGGUGUUUCAGCAGUCAACAAAAAUUUAUUUUUCCGAAGCUUGAAAACAAUGGAAAGUUAUGCUUAUUACUCUUAAGUAUUCAUGAAAGUGAGGGGAAGCUAUUAACUGCCUUCUAUUGCUGUCAGUCACAUGUCUUCUGGAAUGAAGAGACUGAUAUAAAACACUUGUAGCCAGAAACUGUGAUUGUUACCACAUUGACUUUUUCAUCUCUCAAGUCCUUACAGAAGUGAAUGUCUUGAUGCUGGCUCAAGGGAUUGGUUGAAGUUGAAUGAUUCAAAAUAGUGUCAUGAUUGAGAAAUGUUCAGCCAUCACAACAGUUUGCUGCUCUAGAGGGAAGGAAGUCUUUUCAUAUCAUUUUAGUGUAAAAAACAUUAAAUACCUUGUUUGACUGUCCAAGUAUAGUCCAGAUGUAGCAAAACUGAAUGCAGUACCUGAAUAGAUAGUGGGAGAAUCUGCUCAAAAGCUAGUGUACUUGCAUACAUUGGAAUCAGCCUAAAAGACUUUAUUGGCUUGAAGUGCUGUCACGUCAUGCUGUAUACAGCUUGAGCAGAGUGACCAGCAGCUGGUGGCUCUUAAUUGCUGUGUGUGGGUUGCUAUACUUGCAAGAGCUCUUGAGCAGGUUCUAAAAGAGCUUAAGGUGCUGUGGACUGCUCUUUUUAGAGUGGAGCCUUCUGUCUUUUGAGGCGUGCUAGCUACUUGGUGAUAAAGAUGAAGGUCAUGUUAUCCUGUAGUCCUGAGAAACAGAAGAGGCUUUGGUUUAAGGAAAUCUUGGUUUAGAUUUACUGAGUGGGUUUGCAACUCCCACUCUCUGCUGCAGAAGUACGUUUUUAAGGAAAGAGUUUCAAAGUCAUGUUACAAACUGAAGCACAAACUUGUAUGAACCUGCAUGACCCAUAUUGUUUUUUAUGGACAUUGGAUCAACUCAGAGUGCUUCAGCAGCAGGACUGGUGAGGAUGGGCAGUCAUGGUAUUACCUCAUCAAGCAUUAUGUUUCUGUUGGAUUCUGGGUAAACAAGAUUGUGAAUAAGCUGUUAUCAAAACUAAACGGGGGCAUGGUCAUUGAGUUGGCUUCUUCAAAGUCAUGAUGGAAACUGCAUCUGUUCUUAAAAAGCAUCUGCCAUUGCUGUAAUUGCAUCCCCAGUACCGUUUGUUUGUUUCUUGUUCUUAGGUUUUACUUGCCCAGUGUGAUACCGUUGAAGGAAAUAUUGGACAAGAAAUGGACAAGCUACAGUCAAAGAAUUUGGCGCUGGCAGAAUGAGGCA